AUGCAGGCCUCGGUCGCCACCACCCACCCGCCAGCGUACCUGCACCACCACUCGCAGCUGGCCUACCCGCACUCGCCAGCCCACUCGCGCCCACACAGCCCGGUCCCACCUCACCUCCAGCACCAACGCCACCAGGCCCACCCGCGCACCACCACCCCCUCGAGGCAGAACCACCGCUCCACCCCGCCCUCGCACUCGCACGGCACCACUACCACCACCCGCCAGCCCCGCUCGACCCGCCCAGACCGCGACAGCCACCACCAGCAGCAGCAGCGGUACGACCCGGACUAUGACCGCGCCGCAGCCUCGAGGUCCACCACCUCGCUCGCCAACCCGCCCUCGUCCUCGUCCCGCGAGCUGUUCAACCCCAACUCGCACCACCACCACCACCACCAACAAGCACGUCGACCCGCCAGUCCGGCCCUCGCCCCUCCUCUAGACCCGCCCUCGCGUCCCCGUCGCGAGCACCGCGACCGCUCGGAGCGCGCCGAUCGCGCCGACCGCGACGACGCCGGCCCGCGCACCCGCAGCAAGCGCGAGCCCGUCGACCCGGCCGACCUCGGCCGCCGCGCCGGCGCAGGUAGCGGCUCGGGCCUCGUCGCGGCGCGCUCGGGCGCCGGAGCUCACGCCCACCACGGCUCGUCGUCCCGCGCGACGGUCGCGCAGGGCAGCAAGGAGUCGCUCGAGAGCGUCGAGACCGACUUUAGCGGCCGCACGAGGAGCAGCGGCGGCGGUGGUGGGACGAGCGGCCGCCGCCGUCGCCGUCGCGAGGACGCGGGCGGCGCAGGCGACGACGGCGACGAGGCGGCCGACUCGGUCGCGGCCGGCCUCGGCUCGGUCGCAGGAGCGAGCUCGGCGAGCCGCAGCUCGCGCCAGCUGUUCGACCCGCGCCGCGACGACCCGAUGCGGUUCGCCGAGGCGCGCGCCGAGCGCACCGCCGCACGCCACGGCGGCCUCGCCAAGGGCCCCGCAGCCGACACGCGCUCGCUCGCGAGCGGCUCGGUCCUGUCGUUCGCGAGCGACAUGACGGCCGACGACGCGGCGAGCGCGAGCGCGAGUGCGGCGUCGGGCGCCGCCCCGAGCGCGUCGUCGUCCAAGCGCCCGCCGCACCCGGCCAUGGCGCCGCUCAAGCGCGCGUACCGCGAGAUCACGGACCUCGAGGCGCGUGUCGCCGACGAGCACCGUGCGGCACAGGCGGCGAGCGCGAGGGAGGGAGGCGAGGCGGACGACUUUGCCGCCUCGGGCGCCGGCGGCGGUGGAGGGGCUAAGGCGGGCGUGCGCAUUCAGGGUGCGGGCAGCCGAGCGAGGCUCGACGACGAGUUCUGGGUCCGGCUCGCGACCCUCCACAAGCAGCUCGCCGACGCGCACUACUCGUUCCUCCAGCUCGCGCUCGACCCUCGCCUCCCGGCGUCGCUCCACUCGCUCGCGCAGCGGUACAACAUCCCGACCCGCCUGUGGCAGGUCGGCUUCCACCAGCUCCUCGAGCGCAUGCGCCACGCCGUCCUCUCGGCACCCCUCCCCUCCUCGACCUCGUCUCACGCCCACACCCAUGCCCAGGCCCACGCCGAAGACUCGCCGCCGGCCAAUGUCCUCGAGCACCUGAUCGAGUUCAUCCAGCACGCGUACGGCUUCUACUCGCAGCUGUUCGAGGACCCGACCAUCGCCGUCUUCCGCGCCGCGUGGAUCGAGCAGCUCGGCGACCUCGCGCGGUACCGCAUGGCCGUCGCAGGCCUCGCCUCGCGCAUGCACGCCGCCUCGUCGUCGGCGGCGCCGGCCCGCCUCACGUCGGCCGCGCUCGACGCUCACGCCAAGCCGGCGCAGCAGCAGCAGCGUCCCGCCGACGCGGCGAGCAUUGGCCAGGCGGCGCUCAACGACUGGGACCUCGAGGAGCACGAGACGUGGCGCGAGAUGGCGCGCGACUGGUACGGCCAAGGGCUCGCCGAGAACCCGGGCACGGGCCGCCUGCAGCACCACCUCGCGCUCUUGAGCAAGGGUGACGAGUUCAGGGCGCUGUACCACUACGCCAAGAGCCUCACGGCCACGCACCCGUACCUGUCGGCGCGAGAGUCGAUCCUCCCCCUGUUCGAGGACGAGCACCAGCAGCGCCGCACGCAGCCCGACGUCACCAAGGCCGAGCUCUUCGUCCACCUGCACGGCAUGCUCUUCACCAAGAUCUCGCUCGACGACUUUUCGCCCGCUCAAGAGCGCUUCCUCGAGCGCCUCAAGGAGGAGCGCUGGGCCAUCCUCAAGUCGCGCGACGAGUGGCUCGCCAUGAGCCUCGAGGCCAAGGGCGACCAGGCGCCGUUCGGCGACCGCGAGUGGUUCAUGCUCGGCGUCGUCAACGUCGCGUCGCUCCUCCAGUACGGCGCCGACGACGGCGUCCUCAAGAAGCUCCUCGCGCGCGACUCGGCGUCGGGCGACGGCGGCGAGGACGGCUCGGCGUCGACGGCGCACAACGGCCACGGCGACGGUGGGCACCUCUCGGCGCGUGGGAGCCGACACGGUCGCGGCGGCGGCGCCGGCGGCGCAGGUGGGUCGAGCCGGCACGCGUCGUCGGCGACGCUCGCGAGCGCGAGUGCGGCGAGGGCCGCGCCGCAGGCCAUCAUGGUCAAGCGCUCGGACGCCGACGACGCCGCGCUCGACGACGAGCGCACCUCGCGCGGCGGGAGCAGCAGUGCGGCGUCGACGGUCGGGCCUGGGUUCGGGCUCGGCGGCGCCGAAGACCUCGUCAAGCAGCUCGGCAACGGGUCGGGCGGCGCGGCGACCCUGCCCGAGGACGACCCGCUCCCGUUCAAGCUCGCGCAGGAGCUCUCGUUCUCGCUCCUGUCGUUCCUCAUCGCCACGCCGUUCCGCACCCUCGCGUCGUCGACCCUCGCCCUGCCCAACCCUUACGUCACCCUCGUCCUCACGUUCGUCGCCCACCUGUCGCACCACCCCUCGGCGCUCGCCCACCUCGAGCGCGCCAUCCCCUGGGCGCACCUCGCCUCGCUCUUCAACCGCAUCCCGUCGGGCAUCAACGUGCGCCUCGACGCCCCGCCGAAGCUCAGCGCCGGCCGGCCCCUCCCCGAGGACUGGUGCCUGCGCGGCAUGGACUGGGCCGGCCGUCAGCUGUUUGCUCGCGGCUACUGGCGCGAGCACCGGCCCCGUGCGCCGGCCUCGCCGAGCGGCGACAUCGGCGGCGCGAGCGGCGAGGGAGGUGCGGGCGCGCGCGUCGAGAGCGAGAUGGACGCGCUCCGGUUCGACAUGGCGGCGCUCGACGAGGGCGAGGGCGGCGGCGGCGGCGGCACGAGCUCGGCCAACGACGAGGCGGGCGAGGGCCGGUCGUACGGCGUCGGCGGCGGCGGCGGCGCAGGCUUGAGCGCGGUCGCUCGACUCGCCGAGGCGAGGUGGCGCCGCCUCGCCAUCUGCGCCGCGUGGCUCGUGCGCAACGUGCCCGGCUUCGACUACGACGCGCGCGCCGUCGACCCGUCGCGGCGGUUCCGCAUCUCGGGCGCCCUGCAGCGCAAGAUGGAGCGGUGGCAGCGCGAGGACGACGACGCGCGCGAGGCCGAGCGGCUCAGCCGACUCGCGCUCGACGAGAGGAGGUCGGCGAGUGCCGGGAGCGCCGAGGAGGACGACGAGGAGAGUGCGGGCGAGGAUGACGACGACGAGAACGACUCGGAGGCCGUCAAGGAGCUCAAGUCUCGCCGUCGUCAGCUCAAGGCCAUCAUCCGGUCGGCGCGCUCGGCGACUCGCGGCCCCAAGCUCGGCGGUCGCCUCGCAGCUCGUCUCGGCGGCAAGGCGGCGUCGAUCCCCAAGGUCUUUGCCGGCUACACGGUCCUCGUGUUCGACACCAACAUCCUCCUCACGUCGAUCGACCUGUUCAGCGAGCUCGUCGCCGCCGAGUGCUGGACCAUCAUUGUCCCGCUCGCCGUCGUCACCGAGCUCGACGGCCUGCGCCGCAACCCGACGGCGCUCGGUGUCGCCGCCGCCGAGGUCAUCGACUACCUCGAGCUCGCCGUGCGCGGCUACUCGCGCUUCCUCAAGAUCCAGACGAGCCGCGGCAACUACCUCAAGGACCUCGCCAUUCGCAACGAGUCGAUCGACUUUGGCAGCUCGUCUGCGGCCGCCUCGUCCUCGCUCGACGGCGCCGCGCCGACCUCGUCGUCGCACGACAUUGCCCGGUCGAUGGAUGACGUCAUCCUGCGCGCCGCCGCGUGGCAGCGCGACCAUUUUUCGAACCGGCUCGCGCUCGUCAACCCGCAGGCCGUGCUCGACAAGCGGCGCGUGCCGGCCGACGCGGCCCAGGUCGUCCUCGUCACGUUCGACCGCAACCUGCGCCUCAAGGCGGGCGCGAGGGGCCUCGACGCGACCGACGAGAAGGGCCUCAAGAAGGCGGUUGCGGCCGCAGCUGGGUUCGGCUGAGCCGAGUCGCCGCCCCGCGCUCUCUCGCCCUUCCAGCCCGCACUCGUCGUCGUCCUCGUCGUCGACGACGAUCGUCCUUCCCUCCUGCGUCCCGCUCCAGGCGUCAAGCCGGAACGCGCACCUCUCGUCGUCCUCCAGUCGGACGCCGUCUCGCCGUCGACCUUCUCGUCGGCGAUCCUCGGUCGAGCCUCGAGCUCGACAGCUCUCCCUCUCCUUUCCCUUCCUCCGAGCGGACUCAUCGCCGCACGCCCACCUCGAGGGCUCGUGAGCCAUCUCCUUCCUCCCUUGGACUCUUCCCUCCUCUUUGUCGUCCCUCGUCCUCCUGUUGCCGCUGUUGGACCUGUAGUCCCUGCCACCCCUCCGCUCUCUGUGUACCACCCCGCUUCAUGCCGUCCUGGGUUGUCUCGCUGUCAUGGCAUCUUUGUUCCUCG